GUCAAAAUUGAACGGAUGAGGGUCCAGACAAGCACACAUGUAUGCAGCAAAUCAAUGAGUGGGCCACUCACUAUACACACGUCCGGGAAAAAGAGAGCUCCUCUCUUCGCCUCUUCCCCUUCAUCGACUCGACGGACACUCUCUACCUCAUGGUGCAAAAAAUACACUCGCAUGCACACACACAUGAUGUGGAUGGAUGGAUACGUCAUACACACACAUGCAUAUGCACACACGCAUAGCAUACACAUGCACAAGCUGAUGGAUGGCUGGCUGGUUGCCUUGAGGCCCCAUCGACAAGUAUCCCCCCCACCCCAUCUACCCGACACAUAAAUCCACGCGCACUUGGUGCGCAUAUGAGCAAACAACACCGACCAUUCCUUCCAACGACAAAGACACUGGUCAGAGGGAGAGCUGGCUGGCUCACGCCCAGGCCCCACACCCUCACAGACAAACACCAGACACAUACUCAUUGAUGCAAAUGCACACCACGCUACUGUACAGACCGACAGAGAGGAUGGUGGGAUAAUAGUUGUUGGGCUAGCACACUUUGUCGUCAGUGGCGGUGUGGUCCUUGCUGGUCUCCCGAGCGGCAAGCACUUUGGCGAGCGCCUCCUCUAUGUCGGUCAUCAGGUCAUGCGCAUCCUCAAGACCAAAUGAGAACCUACACACGACACAUGUCAUACACACGCAUGCAGGAGGAUGGAUGGAUGGAUCGAGCGGGGUGUGGGUGCUGACCUGACAAGCCCGUCGUUGAGUCCCAUCGCCCUCCUCUCUUCUGCAGGGAUGGACGCAUGCGUCAUGCUGGCAGGAUGGUCCACCAGAGACUCAACCCCACCCAACGACUCAGCCAACGUGAUCACCUGCACACACACACACAACACCACACACAUGCACACACGCCUGUUUGGUGAGUCUGUGUCAGCACGCCUACCUUGAAGGAGGAUAUGAGCCGUUUGGUCUCCUCGAGGGAGAGGUUGAACUCGGCUGAGACCAUGCCUGAGUAUCCCCUUGGCAUCUGCCGCACGGCCACGUUAUGGUCGGGGUGGCUGGGGAGGCCGGGGAAGUGCACGCGCGACACACGGGGGUGUUUGGACAGAUACUCGGCCAAGGACUGCCCCGUGGCGCUGUGGCGAUCCAUCCUGGCUGCCAACGUCUUGAUGCUGCAUUAGUAACAGACAACACGCAAAAGAAAGGCGUCUCCCAAGCGCGGUUUCAAUCAGUGCCGUGUGUCGUGUGCCUCACGCACCUCCUCGAGACGAGCCAGCAGUCGAAUGGCGACGGGUUGAGGCCCAUCGCCAGCCUGUAGAAAUCGCUCCUUUCCUUGAUGGCCUUAUCGUUGGUCACCAGCACUCCGCCCACCACGUCCGAAUGCCCCCCCAGGUACUUGGUGCUGCUGUGGAUGACCACAUCAAUGCCCCAUUGGAGCGGGCUCUGGAGGUAGGGCGUGGCGAAGGUGUUGUCGCAGCACGACAUGACGCCCGCAUCGCGGCACAUGUUGGCCACCCGCUGGAUGUCGAUGACCUCGAGCAACGGGUUGGUGGGGGUCUCGAAGAGGAACAGCUUGGCGCCCGGCAGCUUGGCUGCCAGAGUGGACCAGUCGCCCACCGCCACCAGGUCCAGCACGAUGCCCAUCGGCUGGAACACCUUGGUAAGCAGCCUGUAAGUCCCUCUACACACACAGACACGCACGCACACACACAGGCGAUUCAGAAAUGGUGUCCUCUGCCAUCCAUCUGGUGUCAUGUGGUCUUACCCAUAUAAUGAUUUGAUGGCCACCACCCGAUCACCAGGCCUCAGGCUGGCACACAGCCCGGUGAACGCGGCCAGGCCAGCAGAGAAGACCGUCGCAUAUCUCGCAUUCUCUAUGGAAGCGAUCUGAGAACACACACCACACACAGACAAGUCCAGUUGGCGGCAUCUCUCCCCCCGCACCCCCACUCCCCUCACCUGUGUCUCCAGCCGGUCGAAGUUGGGGUUGCCCGCCCUGGUGUAGUCGUAUCCCGCCUUGAGUUGCGCCGGCCACUCCUGUGAGUAGGUGCUGGUCAUGUAGAUGGGCGGGAUGACAGCACCCGUGGCGCUAUCAGGCUCCUGCCCUGCGUGGAUGGCGCGGGUGGCGAAGCCGUGGUCGGCGUGAGGUGACGUGUCCACCACCUUCGGGGAGGCGUCAGAGCCGUGCGAAGUGGUGCUGGUGAGAGUGGUGGUGUCCGCGGGAGAUGAGGGACGGAUUGGCGCGACGAUGGGCUGGUUGAGGAGAACACCUGCUGUCGACAUGGUCCUUCGAGUCUGCGUUGUUGUCGGAUAGCUUUGACGCGUGAAGCUGCAAGUUCGUCGGAUGUGUCCGCUGAUAGCUGCUUUUGCUGAGUUAGUCGCUGCUCUUGCUGAGGUACGCGCUGCUGUUGCUCCUUUGCGACAGGAAACUUUCAGGAAGACAGG